GCAAUUUCCCUUUCGUAGAAAAUACUAUUGAAAAACCAUGUCUUUUUGUGUCCCCUCCACCAAAAAAAAAAAAAAAAAAAAAAAACCAGAGAAGACAUUGGUUUACCAUUACAUCUUGGCAACGAUAAAACCCUUCAUCUCCCAAUCUCUCUCUCUCUCUCUCUCUUCUUGUGUUUUGGCUCUCUCUCUCUUUCUCUGCCCUUUGUGUAGUUUUAACUUUCAACAAAAAAGAAUAACACCGUAAGACUAUAACCCUUUACUAAUGCGCUUGUUUCUUCUGUGCCUUCCUCUCUCACAAAAUAACCUUCUUAGUAGAUCCUAAUCUCUCAACACAAAUCGCUUCAAUUUCUUCUUCUUCUUCUCAUGUGAACGUAAUCGCCUCUAAACUUCUAUCCGACUCUUCUUCUUCCAACUUUUCAGGUAGUGAUGGGGAAGAAAGUUAAGAAGAAGAGCCGAACUCCUCAAAAGGAGAAACGGGCUGCAGCCAUUUCCCAGAAAAAUGUAUCCGAACCGAGCAGCCGAAGUGUUGAAAUGGUAGAUAAUUUAGUUUCAGAAGCAAAAGAGAAAAAAUCUUGUCCCCAUUUAGAUAAAGGUGUUGAUUUGGAGGCACUGUCUGCUAAAAUUGGGUCUUCAGAACAUGAUAGGUGUGAAGACUGUAGGGAAGGCGCCGCUGAUAGGAGGGGCGGUAGGGGAAAAGGUAAACAUGGAAAGAAGAAAGGGGGUGGUUCGGCCGAACUCGAGUCAAAAGCCAUUUGGGUUUGUCUGAAAUGUGGACAUUUUGCUUGUGGAGGGGUUGGACUUCCGACGGACUCUCAGUGUCAUGCAAUUAGACAUACCCGGCUUACUCGUCAUCCACUAGUUAUCCAGUUGGAAAAGCCUCAGCUGCGAUGGUGCUUCCCCUGCAAUACACUUGUUCAAGCAAAGAAAACAGAAGAAAAUGGUGGACAGAAGGAUGCUUUUUCUGAGGUUGUAAAAUUGAUAAAGGGGCGUACAUCGGAGGGGUCAGCAGUAAACGUUGAGGAUGUAGGGUUUGGGAGUGGCAGUGUCACAACCGAAAUAAAAUCUGCUGCUGCUGUGGCAAUUGAUUGGGAUGGACAAGGUGGUUAUGUAGCUAGUGGGCUGGUUAAUCUCGGGAAUACUUGCUUCUUCAAUUCCGUGGUGCAAAACCUUCUUGCAAUGGAUAAGUUGCGAGAUUACUUUUUUAAGUCGGACGUAUCUGUUGGACCUCUUACUAUGGCCUUGAAGAAGCUUUUUGUGGAAACAAAACCGGAUGCGGGUUCAAAAAGUGUGAUAAAUCCUAGAGCUGUUUUCGGAUGUGUUAGUUCCAAGGCUCCCCAAUUUAGGGGAUAUCAACAGCAUGACAGUCAUGAGUUGCUUCGUUGCUUACUUGAUGGACUGUCUUCAGAGGAGUUGGGAAUGAAGAAACAGAUGAAUUCUUCCAAGGAAAAUGGUAACUCUUCUAGUCUAGGGCCUACUUUUGUCGAUGCUGUAUUUGGGGGACAAGUAGCAAGUACCGUACGCUGUGUUCAAUGUGGACAUUCCUCAACUGUUUAUGAACCAUUUUUAGAUCUCUCUUUGCCAGUGCCAACUAAGAAACCUACAUCUAAGAAGUCUCAGCAAGCCUCUUGGGAAAAGAAAGCUAAGGUGCCACGAAAGAGAGGCGGAAAGACCAGGCCAAAACUUAACCGCAGUAUAGAAUCUGCUGCAGUUGCUUCACCGAUCAAAGAACUUUCCUGCGAACCGCAGUCUAGCUCUACUGGUCCGACUACUGUGGCCGAAGAAAAUGGUUCAGUCGUUCAUAAUCCCGCUCCUGUUGAGGAAACUAAAAAUAAACAAGUAUCUGAGGAUGCUGCAGAGCAAACAUCUGCUUUGUUAGAUGAUUUUACGUGGUUGAAUUAUCUUGAGCCCGAAGCUCCUUUUGGUGACUAUUCGUCGACUGCGAUUGAUGCUGCUGAGUCAAUUAUCCAAGAUGUGGAGGGCGAGGAUAUAUUGAAAAAUGAUGUCCAUGUACCUGAAUCCAAUGAGCAGGUUUUACCUCUCAAUGAGGAGCCAGAUAUAAAACAUCAGUUUUCAACGGUUGACCCUUGGGAAGAUGAGAUCCCUUUGCAGGUUCAAAGCUCUGAGGUUUUACUUCUUCCAUAUAAGGAAGAAGAAAACUCAGCUUUUGUUGAGUUUGGAGAAGGUGAGGCUUCUUCAUCGAUUCAUGGUGUUGGUCAAGAGGAUUUUGAUGGCUUUGGUGGCUUAUUCGACGAGCCUGAGGUAUCUACAGGACCCAUUGUCGGGCCUUCCAUGGCUAAUGAAAUUGCGGAAACUGGGUUUAUGGCAGGUAAUAGUAGUGAGUCUGAUCUAGACGAAGUUGAUGAUACAGAUUCUCCAGUGUCUGUGGAAACUUGUUUGGCUCACUUCACAAAGCCAGAGCUUCUUUCAAACGAAAAUAGUUGGCACUGUGAGAACUGUUCCAAAAAGGUCCUCCGCCAAAAGUUGAGGGAUAAUAAGCAGUCAAAAGCUGCUGCCAAAACUUUGGUAAAUGGAUGUGGGACGAGAACCCAAAGUGAUAUAGGGAAUUCAAAUAAGGACCCUUGUCCAACAGAGGUCAGCAACACUAACAACAAUUUUCAAAGUGUUGCUGAUUCAAACAAGUUUGAUGCAGCUAUGAAUUGCUCAAUUAAAAAUCAUACGGCUGAAGAAAAUGGUCAACAAGAUAAGAUAGAUCCUUUUGUGCCUCAAGGGGAAGAAGGGAUCGCAAAGAAGGAUGCAGCUCAAGAGCAAUCGAAUUCUUCAGGAUCCUAUUACACUUGCAGGCAAGAAAGUUUAAGUGAUCAAGCAAUAGAUUCUUCCUGUGCUGAUGAGCCCAGUAGUGCUGGAGCUAUCAGUGAAAGUGUUCAGCAAGGUGAAUCUAAGCUAUUGCCUAAAAAUGGCGAAUUGGAGGAAAGUGGAGAUGAUGAAAUAUAUUCUGAAACUGUGAAGGUUAAGAGGGAUGCAACAAAGAGAGUUCUUAUUAAUAAAGCUCCGCCUGUUUUGACCAUUCAUCUUAAGAGGUUCAGCCAAGAUGCUCGGGGUCGGUUAAGUAAAUUGAAUGGCCAUGUUACUUUUAAAGAAACGAUUGAUCUGAAACCAUAUAUGGAUGCCAGGUGCAUAGAUGAAGAAAGCAGCUAUGUUUACCGCCUUGUUGGAAUCGUUGAGCACUCUGGUACCAUGAGAAUGGGCCACUAUGUUGCAUAUGUUAGAGGGGGUGAUAGGAACGGAAUGAAAGAUGGCGGUUCUACGUGGUUUCAUGCAAGUGACGCUUAUGUGCGUGAGACGAACUUAAAAGAGGUUCUUGGCUGCGAAGCCUACAUCUUAUUUUAUGAAAAGGUUUGAGGUGGAUCCUUUUUUUUUUGCACGUGAUGUGUUUUUUGUGUCUUAUCAGAUACAGUUUGGGGUUAACAGAGCAUUCCCCUAAAGAAUUUUUAGACAGGGAAAGAAAGAAAAGAGGACAAAGUUUGAGAGAGAGUAACUGGAGUAGGUGAGUGUACAAUUACCUUACAUUUUUAUACCAUUCUUUUGACAUUUGAUGAAUUUCAAAUAUGAUGUAUACCCUGAAAAUUGAUCAGCAGUAAAAAAAAAAGGGGGGGGCUUUCUUUUUUAUUUUCGUUCAGAUUUUAUUUUAUUUUUUAUUCUUUUUAGAGAAUUCUUGAUGUGGUUGU